AUUCUUUCGGAACCCCACUGAGUGAGGAUCGAUACGGAUACGGAAGGGCUCGGCGAGAGCGAGACAGACGUGAAGCGACCGGCUGAUAAAGCAGAACUGAAUAAGCCCGGCAGCUACGCACUUGACGGCCAGCUAUUAGCCAGCAUAAAUAAGCACAAGCACACGUCCCUUGGGGGUUCUCGCUGGCUUCGAAUCUUUUUAUAAGAGCCUACAGCUAUACGACGCCCCGUCUUUGGACUUGUUCUGGGCGGCGACCAACAUAUUUAGCCACAACCAAAGACGAAGGACGGAGUGGUAGAAAAGACUGGUUGACCUAGGACCUUCAAAAAAAUGGCAACGACCGUCGACACGACCGGGCGCUGCAAUUGCAGGUCCAUUACCGUCACGCUCUCCAGGGCGCCUACCCAGACGGUCAUGUGCCACUGCCUCAACUGCCGUCGAGCAGGAGGACCGGCCUCGAUCAACUACGUUCUUGCCGAUGAAGACAUCACCGUCAACGACUCGCAGGGCAGCCUCAAGACGUAUGCGGACCACGACACGGCAUCCGGGUCUGUGUGCAAGCGGAGCUUCUGUGGUAACUGCGGAAGUCCAAUCUACUCAGUUGCCGUGAGCGCAGUGGGAAAGAAGUUCCUCAAGGCAUCCCUGUUUGAGAACGUGUCAACCAACAAGUUCGACUUUUUCACCCAGAGGCAGAUUGAAUGGGCUUGAGAAGCAUACAGUCCUCUGGCUCUUUCUCUCUGUGGUGUUGAGCAACCGAUCGGGUGGGACGAGACCGCGCAGCUAUCAAUCCGGCGGCUGGGGGGCAAGAAAGCGUGGUCUACUUUCAAAACGACAGCGAUACUCCAUACAAUGGCCGUUUCAAUGCCAAUGGC